AACAAACAAUCCCCAACAUUAACAGGUCUGUCGGGUUUACAACCUUUGUGUCCACACUGAAAGACUGGAACAAUGUUUUGGAUCUUUGUUGUUAGUUUUUUUUUAAUGUCAGUCAUUGUUCAUACUGGGCCUGUCAUGAAUUCCUCCUAUGUUGCUGCUGUGUAUGAGCACAACGUAAUAUUGAACCCGGACCCUCGUGUCCCCCUGUCCCGCACUGCAGCCCUGCAGCAUAUGCAGAAAAACCUGGAUAUCUACGAGGAGCAGGCAGCCCGGGCUGCUCAGCAGGGAGCCCAGAUCCUGGUGUUUCCAGAAGACGGUAUUCAUGGUUUCAACUACAGCCGUUCGUCCAUCUCUGGCUACUUAGAAACCAUUCCUGACCCCCAGCAGGAGAGCUGGAACCCCUGCACAGAGCCGGGCAGAUACAACAACACUGAGGUUCUCCAGCGGUUGAGCUGUAUGGCCCGUCGUUACAGCCUCUAUGUGGUGGCCAACGUGGCUGACCUGCAGCCCUGCCCCCUGAAGACUGACCCCUCCUCCUCCUGUCCCCCUGAUGGACGCUGGCAGUUCAACACCAACGUGGUUUUCAGCUCAGAUGGCCUGCUGGUGGCGCGCUACCAUAAACACAACCUCUACUUUGAGGAAUCCUUUGACACACCGCCUCAACCUGAGAUCAUAACGUUUGAUACACCUUUUGCUGGAACAUUUGGCCUCAUGACCUGCUUUGACAUCCUGUUCCAUGAUCCCACAAUUGCCCUGGUGGAGAAGGGUGUGCGUCAGCUGAUCUUUCCUACAGCCUGGAUGAAUGCACUCCCCCUACUGGACUCUGUCCAAUUCCAGCGGGCAUUCAGCUUGGGUGCCAAUGUCACCCUGCUAGCAGCCAACCUGCGUAACAACCGAAUGAACAUGAGAGGAAGUGGCAUCUACACCCCCUUCUCUGCCACUUACUACCACGCCCAGAAAGGAGACCCAGAGGAGGGCAGGCUGCUGGUGGCCAAGGUGCCAGUGUUAGACCCACUGUGGGUGGGGCGGAGUGGAACCACAGGGGAGGGGGUAGUUAGUAGUCAGUCCACAUCAUCUGCAUCUCCUCCAUCUGAAACUGCUCCAUCAGUUCCUCCCUCCUCCACCACCUCCAUCUCAUCCAUUCUCUAUGAGCCAAUUGUCUUCUUAAACCAGACAGAGGGUGAAGUGAAUGUCUGUCAUGGCAGCUUUUGCUGUCACCUGCAGUACCGGAGGUUUCCACAGGGUGGCAGUGAAGAGCUCUACGCAUUUGGAGCAUUUGCUGGAACACACACUGAUCACAGACGCUGGGCCCUGCAGGUGUGUGCACUGGUCCGCUGUGCAGGGUUGGACAUCAGUUCCUGUGCAGAGGGAGUGGAAGAGGCUGAAUCUAAAAUGGACUUCACGUUGGAGGGGAAGUUUGGGACCAGAUAUGUGUACCCUUCAGUCUUAGCUAGUAAGCUGGUCCUGGAGCAGCCUGAGCAUCUGGAAACAGCUGCAGAUGGCACAGUGACCAUGAGACACUCGAACAUGACUGGUGGGCUGCUCACUGCCUGUCUGUACGGACGAAUGUAUCACCUUGACAAUGAGUGAACUGCUUUGGAAUCAAUGGGUGUGUUGGGAGAACAAUGACAGAGGUGAAAACUGAUUUGAAAAAAUAAAAUGUUCUGACCGAGACUGAAAAUGAUAAUUUAGCUGUUUAACAUUUGUCUUAGAAUGUAUGAAAGAAGUGGACAAAGCCAACUAUAGCAUACCCUGCUGUUUCAUCUGUUUUCCUCUCAAUGGGAUCAUUAUUUACAAAAUGAACAUCAUGCUGUAUUGCAGAAAACUAGAAACUAGCCGUUGAGAUCAUAAACUCCUCAGGAAAAUGUUUACUGAUGUAAUUAAUCAUGUGAGGAGUUGGGUCAUAUUCUCAUUGACUCCUGUAAAAUCUUCUUCAUGCACUCAUUGAAGUCGCCCCCUGCUGGCCAUUUGAACAAAUGCCAGUUUGAGGCACUUCUGCAUUGGACUCAGGAGUCUACGUCCACUUCACAUAACUGCACUCUACCUCACUCUACUAAAAUACUAAAAUAAAGAGGAAAAAUCCUCUUGUCAGCACAUAAAGCUCCAAAGUGAAGAUAUAAGCAAGGAACAACCUCUUUGCCUG